CCCCCCUUCUGUUAGGGUCGACUCCUCGUUCUGUACCCAGAGUGCACCGCGCCUGCGGAGGAGGGCAUUUUGUGGCGAGAGAGAGAGGCACACUCUCUCAGUGGAGAAAGGGGGGGGUGUAGGAAGACGAUAGCCACAAGAUGGCGGCCUGAGGAGGAGCGGCGGGGCUGCGGCUGUGACAGCGGGACUGAAGGAAGGCGAGGUUGAAUCCCAGGACUGUUAGGGGUACGGCAGGCUGCCCGGAGAGGGAGAGUGACGGAGAGCGUGAGGGGAGCGCGUCGGCAUCGUAGCGGCUCCCCCCGGUGACGACCUACCGAACAAAAGAGAGCCUGAGAUCGCCUCAGCGUUACAGGGCGGCUGUGACCUCCUCCCCCGCCGUUCGGUCCAUUCUUUACCCCUCCCGGCCCACCCUGAUUCCCGGGGUGUAGCCCCCUCCUCCUCCCCUGGAUCAUGGCGAGCAGCAGCGGCUCCAAGGCCGAGUUUAUCGUCGGGGGAAAGUACAAACUGGUCCGGAAGAUCGGCUCCGGCUCGUUCGGAGAUAUCUACCUGGCAAUCAAUAUCACCAAUGGCGAGGUAAUAAUCCCCCCCUAAUCCCACCCCCCCAUCCCAGCUCUCCUUCCGCCAUUACAGUGCUGGGGAUUAAUCUCACCUCCAGGUACCCCUGCUGCUGGGACAGACUGGCAGCUCACACUGACACUGCCACCUGCUGGCCACUGUGGACCCAGCAAGAACUACACCCAUAGCUACCCCCUGAACAUACAUAGUGCUACACUGGGUCUACUGGGGCCCCCUGCCUGUGCCAUGUAUAGUCUUCAUAGGAGACCUAGCAAGAUCUACACCCAUCACUACCCCCUGAACAUCCAUAGUGCUACACUGGGGCCCCCUGCCUGUGCCAUGUAUGGUCUUCAUAGGAGACCUAGCAAGAUCUGCACCCAUAACUACCCCCUGAACAUCCAUAGUGCUACACUGGGUUUACUGAGGCCCCCUGCAUGUGCCUUGUAUAGUCUUCAUAGGAGUCCUAGCAAGAUCUACACCCAUAACUACCCUCUGAACAUCCAUAGUGCUACACUGGGGCCCCCUGCCUGUGCCAUGUAUGGUCUUCAUAGGAGACCUAGCAAGAUCUGCACCCAUAACUACCCCCUGAACAUCCAUAGUGCUACACUGGGUUUACUGAGGCCCCCUGCAUGUGCCUUGUAUAGUCUUCAUAGGAGUCCUAGCAAGAUCUACACCCAUAACUACCCUCUGAACAUCCAUAGUGCUACGCUGGGGCCCCCUGCCUGUGCCAUGUAUAGUCUUCAUAGGAGACCUAGCAAGAUCUACACCCAUAACUACCCUCUGAACAUCCAUAGUGCUACACUGGGGUCCCCUGUCUGUGCCAUGUAUGGUCUUCAUAGGAGACCUAGCAAGAUCUGCACCCAUAACUACCCCCUGAACAUCCAUAGUGCUACACUGGGGCCCCCUGUUUGUGUCAUGUAUGGUCUUUGUAGGAGACCUAGCAAAAUCUACCCCCUGAACAUCCAUAGUGCUACAUUGGGUAUACUAACUCCCCACCCGAAUCUGCCUGACAAGUGUGAGGUUCUGCGGACCUAGCAAGAACUACACUCAGAAUUACCCUCCCUGAACAUCCAUAGUGCUGCACUGGGUCAGCAGAACCACCUGUCUGUGUCCUGUAUGAAGUUUUAUGGGAGAGUCUCUUUUAAAUUAAAAUUUUAAUUGAAUUUAGGAUACUUUGUUAGCUAGGGAUUCUUUUCCCCCACAAAAACCAAUAAAUCUAUUUAGCUAUAAAAUAUUUUACCAGGUAGGAUAUGUUGGGACUAGUUACAGGGCUGAAUAGGGCCUUUUUCUUAUGAUCUAACAAUCUAAGUUUGCAAAAUGUAAGGGCCUGCGCUGUAUGUUAAACUGUGGCGUUACAUUGUAAUAGUGCCAGCAUACAUAUGUAUUAUGUCCUAAAUGUAUUGCUGUCUUGUCAUUGGUCACUAUUUGCAUUCAGUAUGCAUUGCAUUAUGUUGACACCCUGCAAUGUUUCUAAGACUUCACUGUUUUUGUCAUGUGGUCUGGUGUCAGUGAAAGGGCUUAUUGAUUUUGGCACCACCUAUCUGAAUGCGUUAUGGGUACUUACUCGUAUGCGUUUAUUUUUGUAAGAUGGGAGAAGCAGUGUAAGUGUCUUCCUUGUAUUCUACUUAACAAGAUUUGCAGUUGGGUGCUGCAUCUCAUAACUGACAUGCUAGAUAUGUGAUAUGGUACAUCUAGUAUGUAGUUAAAGGGAUAUUAUGCCAGCCAAUCCAUAUCUGUAACCAGGUUGCAUUUGUGAAGUGCCAGCAUAAUCAUGGCUGGAGUGACUGUUUAGUUACUUUUUCUUUGCCUAGGUUGAUUGUUUUUCUCAUUGAAUAAUCACUGGCUGUAUGUACCAUUUAAUAAUAACUCAUGGUUUAUUUCAAUUUCAUAACUAUACUGUACCUGUAAUGACAUUUAUGUGGUUACUCUGCUUUGGAUUAGAAGUGCUACAUUUCUAACUUAUCAUGAUUUCUUCCUUCUCACCUCACCCCCGACCUACCUCAAAGCAGUUGCAUGGUGCAUAUGAAUAAUCUUGCAAUAAUGGAGGGCUUGUCAAAUGCAUCAUUCAGGUUUUAAUUUUGUCUCCUUGGAGUAUACCGUGCUACUAAUUGUUGAUAUAUACAUGUAAUACAAUCUGUAAACUGAAUUUACCUCAAAUGUUUUAAAAAGGUAACGUUCUUACCCAAAUGUGUUAACUCCUUGUAUGUGAUGUCUCAAAUUCUUUGAUGGUCAAUAGAUGCUCUUGGAAAGCAUAGUACUAAUCUUGGACAUCAUGAACCAAAAACAAUAUUUUGUAGAAAACACAUACAAAUAUUCAUUGACACUUCCCAUCUUACAUGAUGGUUUUUUUUAAUCCUGUGUUUAACAAACAUUUGGUCUCUGCAUAAACCAGAACUUGAUCCCGCUGGUCAUUCAUUGGAUGAGUGUACCAGCUCUCAUCCAAUAAAUAUUUUAACAUAUAGAUUAGGAAACCGUGCACAAACUUUUUUUUUUUUCAAGUUUUACAAUGUUACUUAAAGGGACACUGUAGGCACCCAGACCACUUCAGCUCAUUGAAGUGGUCUGGGUGCUGUGUCCCUUUUGCACCUAGCCACACAGCCACUAGAGGGCUUCCGGAAUUCAAAUGGACUUUUGGUACGUUAUGUGACACUGGACGUCCUCACGCUCAGCAUGCUUUUAUAAAAAUUGUAUUGAGUGAUUUUCAAUGUAUUAUGCAGUGGCACAAAUUCAUAGAAAGGAAGGGUCCUUUUUUUAAAGGGAUCACUAGAGGAUCCUGGAGUGCCCCCGUCCUGUCCCCAUCCCACGUUCGUUGCUGAAGGGGUUAAAAACCCUUCAGACACUAAUCUGAAUCCAGCGCUGUCGUCCUUCUGCUCUUUGGGGAGGUCUAAUGCGCCCGCAGCCGUUGCCAUGAAUGCACAUUGGGUCUCCCCCGUCGGCUGAUGUCGGCGGAGGAGCAUGGGUGGAGUCUGACCCAGCGGUGGAUUUACCCCAAUAGUGCCAGGAAAACUACUUUACUAUAAGUUUGUCACCAUCUUCCCACUUUUGCCAAUUUUGGAAUUGCUUGGCAAAAACAAGGUUUCUCCCGGUCUACUCUGUAGCCCUAAUAAUAUGGAAAUUGACAGGACGUGCAUGCUCAUUCUUGCAUUUUACUCCAAUGCUGGACUGAUGCUUGAUUACAUGGAAAUUGCCGUGGCAGCUGCAGAGAGGUUGGACUGGAGUUGUUGGUAUAGCCCAGACAUAGGCAAUUUUGGGCACUCCAGAUGUCUUGGACUACACCUCCCAUGCUUUGCCAGCAUUAUGGGUUUAAGAGCAUUAUGUGGGAUGUAAUCCACAACAUCUGGAGUGCUGAAGGUUGCCUAUCCAUGGUAUAGCCUAUGGAUUCCUUAAAGGAACACUAUAGUCUCCUAAAUUACUUUAGCUAAAUAAAGCAGUUUUAGUGUAUAGAUCAUUCUCCUGCAAUUUUACUGAUCAAUUCAGUAAUUUAGGCGUUUAAUAACCUUUUCUGUUUAUGCAGCCCUAGCCACACCUCUCCUGGCUAUGAUUGACAGAGCCUGCAUGAAAAAAAAAACUGGUUUCACUUUCAAACAUAUGCAAUUUACCUUAAAUAAUUGUAUCUCAAUCUCUAAAUUGAACUUUAAUCACAUACAGGAGGCUUUUGCGGGGUCUAGCAAGCUAUUAACAUAGCAGGGGAUAAGAAAAUCUUAAUUAAACAGAACUUGCAAUAAAGAGAGCCUAAAUAGGGCUCUCUUUACAGGAAGUGUUUAUGGAAGGCUGUGCAAGUCAGAUGCAGGGAGGUGUGACUAGGGUUCAUAAACAAAGGGAUUUAACUCCUAAAUGGCAGAGGAUUGAGCUGUGAGGCUGCAGGGGCAAGGUCUAUACGCCAAACCUGCUUCAUUAAGCUAAGGUUGUUCAGGUGACUAUAGUGUCCCUUUAAAUGAAUGGCUUGAUAUUUAAAGGAACACUAAAGUCACCUAAACAACUUUAGCUUAAUGAAGUAGUUUGUGUAUAGAUCAUGCCUCUCGGGUUUUACUGUUUAGUUCACUGCAAUUUAGGAGUUAAAUCACUUUGUUUCUGUUCAUGCAGCCCUUGCCACACCUCCACUAGCUGAUUGACACAGCCUGCAUGAAAAAAACUGUUUUCACUUUCAAUCAGAUGUAAUUUACCUUUAAAGGGACUUUACCGCACAUACUUCAUAGGGCGGCAUUCAUGCAGCCCUAUGAAGUCAUGAGUGCACAUGCGUGUGAGCUGAUCUCAGCUCGCGGUCUUUGCCCGCCCCCUCUACUCUGCUGACAGGCAGGAGAGAGAAGACGCGCGCACAGUGCCUUCUCUCUCCUGCACACGUCAGACGUAUUUUAAUACGUCUGACGUGUACAUGGCCUUUUUAGGGCCAUACAUGAUAGGAAGUCCCUCUGGUGGCCGUCCGAGUGACGGCCACUGUAGGUAUUCCUAUCAAUCAAUGUAAACACUGUAUUUGCCCUGCUUGUAGGCACUUCCCCCAACAGGGAAAACCUCCUCUAUGACUGACACUCUGGUUUUGUUGCCAAGCUGCAGGUUUCACCUCACACUUCCUAUACUCCCAGCCGGUGUUAGCCAGAGCUUUUAGAAUCUCCCCCUCCUCUUUUCCUGAUUUUACAAAGUGCAGAUUUAAAUAAAAAUUUACCCUUUUUUUUACCUGGAUUUCAAGGGGACAACCUUUUACUUCCUCGUUUGGUUAGCUCAGUUGAGCUAAACAUGAUAGACUGCAAUUGCCCAGAGAACCUGGCUUGCAAAGACAUUGUACUGCAUUUGUAAGUCUGGACAGCUACAGAAAGUGUUGGCCAGGUUACAAGGGGGAGGUCUUGAAAAGGCAUCAGACAAGAGAAAUGGAUGUUUUGCAAGCUGUUUAGCUAUAACCCCAAUAAAAAAUGCAUAAUUAGAUGCAUUCAUGUGUUUAUUGGGGGCAUACCUAUUCAGUUUUUAUUUUAUUUUUUAUUUUUGUAGUCACCCAUAUCCCUUAACGGAACACUAUAUGGUCAGGAACACAACCAUGUAUUCCUGACCCUUUAGUGAUAAACCGCCCCAUUUCCCCCUAAAAGUUAAAUCUUCAUUGUAUUCGUUUGCAGCUGCUGCUUCUGCCCCAUAACUGCCUGCAUGCCUGACAUGAGAAGUGGUCUGAGCCAAUCACAAUGCUUUCCCAUAGGAUUGGCUGGGACUGUCAAGGAGGCAGAUGAGGGGCAGAGCCAGCAAAGAUCAAACACAGCCCUGGCCAAUCAGCAUCUCCUCAUAGAGGUCCAUUGAAUCAAUUUGUCUCUGAGGAAAGUUCAGUGUCUGCAUGCAGAGGGUGGAGACACUGAAUGGAAGUGCUGCACAUUGGGCAGGACUGCUUAAGGAAGCGCCUCUAACGGCUAUUUGAAGAGUGGCUACUGGAGUUAUCACUAGGCUCUAAUGUAAAAACUGAAUUUUUUUUCUGAAAAUGUUUACUGCAAAAUGCCUGAAGGAAAUGAUUCUACUUAUCAGAACUACAAACUUGUAGUUGUUCUGUUGACUAGUGUCACUUUAAUCUCAGUGAAGCUGUGUGGCGGCAGUGGUGCUUUCAUUUUAACUACAGUUUGAUCAAUCUAAUAUUUCCAGAACCAAUGCAGAUUAUUGGUCACCUUUGAGGCCGAUUGCUGAUAUUCUGUAAAUAUAACAUUUUGAAAAAGCAACGCAAUUUCUGCGCAACUCUGGUAUUAACUGAACAUGCAAUCGCAAUCCUAUCCUGGUUAGCCAGCCCAAUACAUUACAGCAGAUUACUCAGUCAGGCAGGUGACUGGGAGAAGUAAAGUGAGGGACAUCGGCGCUGGAUUCAGGUAAGUGACUGAAGGGGUUUUAAUCCAUUCAGCCCCGUGGGAUGGGGCAGUGAGGGGACCCACAAAUGCCUAUUAAACUUAUUGUGCCAGGAAAAUCCCUUUAAAAUUUAGUUGGACCCUCCCCAAAAUACUCCCUCGGAGCCUUAAGACUGAAUCCGCUGAACAUGCCCAGUUUUGUCUGCCUUUGGCAGGAGUGAAAAUAACAGACCUUUUUAGUUGCUUUUAAAUCAAGUCACAUACAAUUCUUGAGCCACAAUCCAGUCACCACUAAAUUUAAGUGUCCUGUUUGUCCAUUUGAAAUGUUGAGGUAUGCCAUUAGAAGCACUCGCUCCUCCAGACAGCAAAUCAAAUGUGUUUUAAGGGUGUGCAGCAUGUUUGUUUAUGCGUACCUCAAAUCCAUUGCUUCUACCUGAGAAAGUGUGGGUUGGAGAAGAUCAGAAAGACCUCAAUGGGUGGUUAGCUGCAGCAAAGAAGUCCCAGCACUGGAAAUGUUUGUUUAUUUGCAGAACUAUAGGUUCCUUCUAAAUCAUCAUAAUCACUUUCUCUUUUUAUUUUUUAUUAUUUUUUUAAGUAAAAUGCAGCAGCUAACUUUUCUUUUAAAAGCCUUUCAAAGUGCAAAAUUUGUCUGUUCUGUCUUUCUUGCUGCCUGUUAAAAUGUUUAACCUGUAUCCUAAUUUUGUAAUUGGGUUACUUUUUGAAUGAACGAUCACUGAGUAAAGCUGUUUGCUUUACAUAAACUAGCCAAAAUGGGACAAAUGAAUGAUUCAAUUGUAUUUUAUGUUGUGGGUGUUUUGGUAUGGUAGUGGGAGGUUUACCAAACUCAAAUUGGAAAAGCUCUUUUGACAGACCAGCUCAUACAAGCUUUUAAAACAUGUGCAGGAAAGGUUAAUGGCUAUGAGACUACAGGGAAAGUUUGCCAGAUGCACACACCUAUGCAAAUAAAUAUUGCUUGUUUGUUGUAACUUGCAUUGAAUGUAGGAAAGAAUGUUUAUUAAAGGAACACUUUUUGCACAAUUACCACUAUAUUACAUUUUAUUGGAAUGUCAGGAGUACCCUUGCUCCUCUCUCUGCUUGAGCCAGGCUCAGCUGACUGGCUUGGAGUAAUCAGCUGACACCCACUCAGCCAGUGAGCUGAGCCCUGAAAUUGCUGGGUUUAGCACAGGAAGAAGGUAGCUUCUGGCCCUAUGCUGCAGAACUUAGCUGUGGGAAACUAGCACUCCUAGUAUUCGUUUUUCUGCUUGACUCCUUAGUUUGCUAUAACUGUUAUGAUCCUUAUAGCAUUUUAUUGUUCCAGCAGUUGAGCAGGAAAUGGUACAAGUGGAUGAAGUGGGAUGACUAUUGUAGGGACUAAAAUGACAGAUUUCAGUCUCUAGCUGCAGGUCACAUCAUUAUAGACUGGUCAGCACUUUUACUGGUUAACUUUUUAAAAUUAUUUUUGUUGUGCACAAGAUAACAAAGAAGCUUACAAUGCCGCAUAAGCAAGUACAAUAAUAUCGUAUCAGUACACAUAUAUGGCAUUAAGUGUAGAUAUCAACAAACUAAACAUACACAACAUGCAAUAUGUGGUAGAUUUUAUAGGUAGAGUAGUAAUAAAAUCUCAUGAGGGGUUUCAAAGAAAACAUGCGCUAGAGGUUGGUGAACGGUGACAUUAGUAUGCGUGAGAAGUGUGCAUAUUACCACACUUCAAGAAAAUUCAGCCUCUGUGUGCUUUGGGGUUAUGGUGAAACAAGCUAAGUACUACCAUCUUUGCACGUUGUGCAACAAUGCCAUUACUAGGCUAGACAUGUAUAGCAAUUAUGAAACUAGCAGCACUGUAACAGCUGAGUGCCAUGAGGGUAAACCACAGUAUCUAUAUUCUCCUACUCCUACCUGCACUUUCUAUAUCACGUAUUAAUAUUCAUGCAUAGUUAUGGAUAUGGGUAGUAAGGAAAGUAAUAUGAAAUCUGAAACUUAAAACAUAGGGGAUAGUCUAAAUAAUUUGCGUGUCGAGCUGUGCACAUAUGUAAUCCGCCUGUUGUGUUCUCUGGCAGCAGUCUGGCACCGGGGUCAGCCAACUCCGUAUUGCAAGGCUGGUGUGGUGCUGAGUAGAUCCGGGUGAGUAACUGCAGGGUUGUGCCUACCUACUUUCCAACUCCAGGCUGUAGUGAGGGUCUGCAUCUCAAAUCCUCGGGCUUGGGUAUUCCCAGGAGCCAAAUCCCAGCUCUGUCCGGAACUAGUAGGGGGUUUGGUUGUUAAAGACCAUCGUCAGCGAGCAGUCUUCCGCUUUUGCGGUAAUUGCAAUAAAGUAUUGCCUCUGGGAGAUCUUUGCACUGGCUUGGGUUGAACAGGCGCAGGUGUUGUGUGCUUGCCUUGAGGAGGACUGUCUGGCUUUGACAGGUUGGUUCCUAUACUGACUGCACCAUGCUCCAUAAUGGCAGCUUGUGCCCGGUCAUGAAGUCGUGCUCUGGAAUCGCGUUGAGCUUGUGCAUGGUGUGCUCCAAAGAGCCGGGCUGAGGUGGUUUAGGCAGGCCCAGUGCUCCUUGUGUUGCCAUUUUGCCUGAGCCGUGUGGUCGGAAUUCAGCUCUACUGUGACUAGAUAGCGUAGGUAAGUGCAGAGUGAGUCACUCAAGAUAUGCAUGUGGGGACCGGGACAACAGAUAGCAGUGAGAACGGACCUGGAAACAAGAAGGGUUUCCUGCGGGUUACAGGCUUGAUUAAGGUAUCAGAUUGUGCAGCCGGGCACUGGGGCUCAGAUGGUGCCCUUGGGUGGGUUUGGUUUGCAGGUUUUUCUACCCCAAAAUGGGCUCAAAAUGCAGGACCUCAGAUACCCCACGUCUGCUCUGCUCAGAAGCUAGGAUCCGCCCCUUUACUGGUUAACUUUUAACAUGGUAGAUGACCAUGCUAGUUUUCCUCUUUUCUGUUUUUUUUUUUUUUUUAAUUUUAUUUUAUUAAAUAUUUUUUUAGAUUUUUAAAAAUCCCUAUUUACAAAAGAAAUCUAAAGAGAAUAACUUCCUUAUCCCUUCAUUGGACAAGUCCUGGUUCAGUUCUGUGUGUGGCAGUGUUCGUCAGUUGGUACACACCAUUCUCUUUCGGGAUGGUGUCCAAAAAUGAUGGCUAAUAAAGCUAGAUGCCAGAAAGUUGAGUAGCACUGCCACUAUGCGGCUCUCACCUGGCAGUCAGUCCCCGCCCCUAAGAUCUUUUAAUGUCUAGUAUUGCUAGAGUUGUUAAAUACUAAUUGUGGCAAAACUAGCCACUUAUGACUGUAUUUGCAUUAAUGUGUUGCUAUAGCUUUAAGGUUGUUAGAACCAAGUGUAUUCAGAUAUAUGUAUUUCAUGCGAACAAGAGCAUUCGUAUGCUGGCGGCAUGAAAGCCACCAGCAUACAUACAGUAGUUUCACGAACAGUGAAUUUCAACACUGUUUGUGAAACGAAUAAACUACCGAAUGGGCGACCAUACACAGGAGGUCGUGUGGCGCCCAUUAACCGAUUGCAACAUUGUUACAAUCCGUAGUUAAGUGUUUUCCUAGGUGGCCGUCGUUCGGCUACCGACCACAUGGCGGUCGGUCAUCUUGGAUUCUUUGUUAGCCCAGCAGUAUUUGGUCAUCGAGCGCCUGGAACUAAAACCGGCUACUCAACGGCACGAAUACCGCUGGACUUCCAGGUCGUUCAGGAGCCCCGGUCAUUCGGCAGGUUAUUCCCUUACAAUCAAUCGGUGUUUUAAAUGUAACUAGGAAAUAAUGUGUAUUUCGCUCGGUUAGUUAUGCUGGGAUCUGAGCGGUAUUCUCACGAACUGUGCGCUCAGACCCCAGCUAUCUCCGAACGUCCAUUCGUUUAAAUAUAGUGAAUAAUGUGAAAGUUUUAUAUAUUUUAAUGUGAAAUAUUGGUUCUGCUGCACGGAGGGAUCAUCCACUUAACUGUAUAUUCUAGUGGGAGUAUCCCUCUCGGCCAGCAGUGCAUGAUGGGAGAAAUGUCCAGGUUACCAAGUCCCCCAUGUAGUCCCCUACUGUACAACCCCUGGAAUGUCAGUAAGGAAACCCCUUGCAUGGGGACUUGCAUAAAUACUGUGACCUGUGAAUAAAACCUCAGUUGACUCCCAGUUUAUGUGUCGUCUGGUUCUUGGGGGGGGAAGGAUUCUUACUACGCUACCGGGAUUAUUGUAUCCAUUUACCUGGAUUAUUUUAUGCUGUUCCUGUUACCCAGUGGAGAUACCGUGGAUUAUACUACCUCUCCGCUACACUAAUGCUUGAAUUUACUUAAUUUAAAUCUUAAACCUGUACUCCAGUAUUGUUCAAUGGAACUUUUUGUUUACACUAUGACAAAAUGUUGGUUCCAUUUAAAGGACCACUAUAGGCACCCAGACCACUUGAGCUUAAUGAAGUGGUCUGGUGUCAAGUCCAUCUAGGUUUAACCCUGCCUGCUAGGUUUAACCCUGUUUACAUUAGGGUUAAUCCAGCCUCUAGUGGCUGUCUCAUUGACAGCCGCUAGACGCGCUUCUCACUGAUUUUCACAGUGAGAAGAUGCUGCUGUCAAUAGGAAAGCAUUGAGAAUGCUUUACUAUGGACUGACUGCGCGCGGCUCUUGCUGUGCAUGCGCAUUCAGCCGAUGGCGUCCGGAGGAGGAGAGUCCCCAGCGCCGAGGGAGCCCGGUGCUGGAGAACGGUAAGCCUGUAAACCCUUCCUCUCCCUAGAGCCUGGCGGGAGGGGGACCUAUUAAUACUAUAGUGCCAGGAAAACGAGUGUUUUCCUGGCUUUAUAGUGGUCCUUUAAAAAUACCAUAAAUCGUGUUCUUUAGGUAUUUAUUGCCAGAUUACACAGAAUCUGUUCCAUUUUUAUAAUUUCAAAAACGACAUUUGUAGCAAUUGUAGUUAUAUAUAUUUUAUUCAUCAAAUUUUUAAAUGCUUGAUCAAUAUUUGUGUGUACCUCUUUAAGUUUUGUGUCUGACUUUAUACAUAAUUCAUAUCUAUCUUUUUUUUUUUUUCUCUUCAUCCAGGAGGUUGCUGUGAAGCUGGAAUCGCAGAAAGCGCGUCACCCUCAGUUGCUGUAUGAGAGCAAACUUUAUAAAAUUUUGCAGGGAGGUGUUGGCAUUCCACAUAUCCGGUGAGCAAUAACAUAUUUCUUCUUCAGUCAGUCCUAUUUAAAGUGUGUGUGUAUAUGUAUAUAUUCUAGCUAUCUUAAAUGGUGCACGCAGUAACCAUAUUGUCCAUUGUGCCUUUCAUGUCAUUUUUAACAAAGUUUAAAAGGGUACUCAAAACCUUUUCUACAAUUGGCCCCUUUAGGCUUGCAAUGCCCCAUUUGGUAUUGCUGUUAGGUUCUCCCCAGAUAAAGUGGUGUGUUUUUUUUAUUAUUAUUUUAAUAUAUACCACUGGGCAAAACGCCUGAUUCUGAUCUCUCUCCUCUUUGACAUUACAGUGGGCCUCAUUCGUAUAGAAAGAAAUGGAGGGAUACGGGUGUGAGAGAGAGGGCAAGCUAUUAAGUCUAUACUUGUACAGUGGUGGUUUGAGCCAAUCACAGUGCUUCCCCAUAGGAUUGACUGAGAUUGUGAAGGCGGCAGAUUAGGGGCAGAGCCAGCACAAGUCAAACACAGCCCUGGCCAAUCAGCAUCUCCUGAUAGAGAGGAAUUGAAUCAAUGCAUCUCUAUGAGGAAAGUUCAGUGUCUGCAUGCAGAGGGAGGAGACACUGAAUGAAAGUGCUGCACAUUAGGCAGCACUGCUUAAGGUAGCACCUCUAGUAGUUAUCUGAGGAGUGGCCAGUGGAGUUAUCACUAGGCUGUAAUGUAAACACUGCAUUUUUUCUAAAGACUGUUUACAGCAAAAAGCCUGAAGGGAAUGAUUGUACUCAUCAGAACAAAUUCAAUAAGCUGUAGUUGUUCUGGUGACUAGUGUCCCUUUAAUGUAGUGGUUCUAGGAUGUCUAUUCAGAGAAAAGGCAGUGUUUAUAUUGCUAGCUUGUUACACUUCUAGUGGCAGUCACUCGGAUGACCACCAGAGGUGCAUCUUAUCUCUAAACCUAUGUUCAGGGUUUCCACAUUCUCCAUGGAGGUGCUGAAUGUUUUCCAUAGGCAUUCAUUUUCUAAUGCAUCUCUAUGAAGAGAUGAUUGGCAGUGUUUUCGGCAUGUGCAGUAGCCUCCUAAUGCUUUCCCAUGGGAAAGCAUUGGAUUAGUGGAGAUGAAACGCUCUCUCAGCCAUGGUGGCUGGGCCAGCCGCAGCAAGACUGGUAUGGCGUGGGGAAAGGGAAAACCUUUCCUAUGCAAUUGAAGGGUGGUUGGUAACCUAAACAAACUCCUUCUCACACAAUCACAAAUGAUUUGUUUUAACUCAAUUUAUGCCCACUGGGCCUCCCUACCUUUGGGAGAGUUGGAGUGAGAUUCAGUGUCGCUGCUGAAUUCUUCAAGCUCUUCUUGCUCUGCUCCCUCGAACGCAGUUUACUGAUGCCAGGGCCGCAGUGACGUCCUAGUCCGGCUCCUGACCUCACAACAAGGCGAGUGAGCAGAGCAAGUGCAUAAAGUGCUUCCCAAUGGAGACCAGAAAGUAACUCGCCCUUCAUUACCUCACAUGGGGAGAAGAUGGACAUUUAUACAAAUACAAAAAGAUAAGUCCUGCACUCACUCCCAUGACUACAGUACACAUCAGCCCCAAUAUAUAGUAAAAACCAAAGAAAAGAAAGUUACCUGCGCUCUCUCUCCUUAAUCCCUUUGAAUAUUUAUACAGUUAACUCAACUAUAGCAGUAGGAAUGCAAAUUCCUAAUGCUGUAGUGCUCCUUUUAAAUAUAUGCUUUAUCAAAUGUUUACUACUAGAAGAAAAAUAUAAUUUCUCAUGUGUGGGAAGAUCAAUAAAAAAAAAAGCUGCAAAAGGAUACUGAGACCGGACAAAAGCUUGAAUAACUUUCGGUGGGUGGGUAGAUCAGUGCAUCUAAAUGAAACUUUAUAUUCACCUAUGUGUAGCACUAGAGCCUGUAGUUUAAUCCAUGUGAUCGGAUCUACUGUAUGGCUGUUUUUGAUCCAAAAGGGAACCGAAGCUUAUAAUGAUGCUGAAGGUCAAUGAGUCAGCUAUUCUGCUCUUCACAUGAAGUCAUUAAACUUUUUCUUUAAACAAUGUAGCAAGCACACAAAAUGCCAGACUAAGUCUUAUAUGCUUGAUUGCUUUCACUUUAUUGGAUUCUAUGCAUGAUACAAAGGUCAAAGCUGAGUGGGCGGAGAAACUUGUAAACUAGAUAUUAAUAAUUUCACUAUAAUAGUGGUUAAAAAGCAAUGUUAAGUGACAUUUGUCACUGCAACAAUUUCUAAUGCUAUAAUCCUGUUGCGUAUUAAGAAAAUAUUAACUUAGUUUUAAUGAAGUAUAUGUAAAAAAAAAGACGCGAAACCUACCUCUUUCACGGCUCUUGACUUUUUUUAAAGCUCAGAUAUUGGGACUACUUUACGCCAUAACUAAAUAGCAUUAUCAAGGUCCCAUAUCAACAGGACAAGAAAAAAAAAAAGAAAGCAGAAUAACUCUGCCCCUAUUUCUAGCAUUAAUGUUCUAUUUUACAUUAGUAUUUUAUUUGCUCAUCGUCAGUAUAAAAUAAUCUUACUAUGGUAAUCCUGCCCAAAACUCUCCAAGGGUCCCAUUUCUUAACAUUAUUUUGUUUUCAAGAAUAUUUCGUGUUCCUUUCCCUCCCUUCCCUGUCCCUUGGUGUACUUCUCCCCUUCCUUUGGUGUACUUCUCCCCUCCCCUCUCUCCCUCCCUGUCCUUUUUAGUGCACUUCCAACCUCCCGGUGACUCAAUUCUUGCGCCCAAAGACUACUGCCUGUGCUGAGCCACCGCUGCCUCACAUUAUUGGCAAUAUGCGUAUCAAUAGUGGACGAUACAAAUAUUUGCCAAAAUCCAAAUAUCGGCCGGUGUGAUUAUCGGUCAAUCUCUAAUCUAUUUCCUUUCAAAUCUUUACGAAAGGUCUAUUAAAUAGUGUUGAGGUGACUGUCACGGAAUGAAUUGGAUUUUCUGGUUUUGAUAUAAAUUUCACACUGCAAUCCGGUUUACCACCUUUUUAGAACAGUAGACUUCAAUAAAUCUUCCCCCAGUUUUUCUUUGGAAGUGAAAAAUUAAGUAACGUGUAUGUUCGAGAAGAAAAAUGGCAACAUGUAGGCUUUUGCUAAAAGUAAUAUGUGGUUUUCUGAAGCUCUGCCUUAUUAGCCAAUCUUUAGGUAAAACAAAUUUCCCUUUAAAUGGAGCACUCUGGGAUUUUGCAAUGUUGAUUCAGUCACUAGCAGCAUUCUCAAGAGCUGUUUAGUUAACAGGAUGCUACCCAGAUGUUUUAGAAAGAAGGCAUAGUAGGCAGUUAGGAUAGAACUUGAACAGCUCAUAUUCACCACGUAAUAUCACGGGAGCUUUUAGUCCUCAAUUGUUGUCAGAUGACUCUUUAAAAUAGGACCAGCAACCUGUCAAUGACUUAAUACUUAUUUUUUCAUAUUUUAAGGUUGUCUUACGUUGGUGCUUUGAGAAUUUUGUAAUAUACCUGUUAAUACAUACAUGCUGGAUUGUUUAAAUCUUAGUGUAGUUUUUCUCUUUUUUUCAAAUGGACAGUUAAUAUUAUUUUUUGUUUAGAUGGUAUGGGCAAGAAAAAGACUACAAUGUUCUAGUCAUGGAUCUACUCGGGCCUAGCCUUGAAGACCUCUUCAACUUUUGCUCCCGCAGAUUUACUAUGAAGACCGUACUAAUGCUAGCAGAUCAGGUAUGUAAAGUGUUGUCCCAGAAUAAGCAACUUCAUGACCCUUAAGUAUGACGUAAAGCAGAGCAAGAACUAUCUUAACAUGUGGGGUCAGUCUUUUUAUUCAGAACUUAUUCAUGAUCUAUUUUUUAAUAAAGAAAAAUAAAAUCAAUCAGCAUGAGAACGUUCAGCGUUAUGUGACCAAAAGUUGCCUAGUGGCUAUUUGGUAGACUGCCACUAGAGGUGGAGUUAACCCUGCAAUGUAAUUAUUGCAGUUUAUCAAUAACAAUUACAGGGUUAAACUGACACACUGCACCCAGACCACCUCAACGAGCUGAGGUGGUCUUAGUGUCUAGUGUCCCUUUAACUUUCAACCUCCUUUCAUUACACCUACCACAUGUUCUGAUGUUGCUUCUAUCCUGAACAUAUCCAGUCACACCUCUUCUCAAGCCUUGGUGUAUCUUCAAACUUUCAACCCACCCAAUUCCCUAAUUUUUAAGACUUUUGUGGUAGUAGGUAAUACCACCUAUAUUUUUUUUUUCCCCCAUUAAUAUUUAUUCUUCCAGCUUAUUAAACAAUGCAAGUGGAAUUGCAGGCUUGGCUUCCACCCACCAUUUUAUCUUUAUUAAAUAUUUUUUAAAAACUAUUUUUCUCUUUUGUAGAUGAUCAGUAGAAUUGAAUACGUACAUACAAAGAAUUUUAUACACAGAGACAUUAAACCAGACAAUUUCCUAAUGGGUAUCGGACGUCACUGUAAUAAGGUUAGUUUGUUUGUUUUCUUAAGUGAGCAAGUCUAAGUAUUUGAAAAUCAAUUUCCUGCCUGCUUUUAUUUUUGUAAAUUGCUUGUUGCACUAGCAUUUUGACGCGUGUUUGUGCAUUUAUCUUUUAAUAAGUCUGCAUUACAUCUGCCCUAGUUAAGCAGUCACAUCGUAACAUAAGUUUUUGUUGUAAUGUGCAAGUUUCUCUAGGUCUGUCUAGAUACAAUUAAAGGAAAAACUAUAUAGCUAUGAAAGAUAUAAUUAAAAGAGGAAAUGUGUCAAUACUACGGAGUUAAAAAAAACACACGAUUGGUCCAUAAUCCCAGUCUUUAUAGUCCAUAAUGUAGCCUUGAUAGCCAUUUUCUUGUAUUGGAGCCCUUGUUUUAUUUUUAGUUUAACACAAAGCUGCCAAUAAACCUUGCUAAAACUGUAGGGAAAGUGGCUAAAUUUGUAUUUGUAAACUUAGUGUUUGUUUACAGAGUAAUUUAAGCAUAAGCCUUUGGUGGGGGGGAGGGUACCUGCAUGUAGUACUGGCACAGCAAAUACCUCCUUUAAUUAUCGCUCUUGUAUUUGAAACUUGACUAUUGCACCUUUUGAGGCCUAUAUUGCAUGACUUUGCUAUAUUGUGUUUUCUGUUUUGUUUUUUUUUCUUCAAUAUUUUGUUCCCUUGCUGUAUAGCAUUAAAACUUAAUGAGCUAAAUAACAUGCUUCCUUGACAGUGUCAAUAUGUAUAAAUCGGGCAGACAGGCAGCAAUUGGCAAAUCAAUAAGCAUGCCGUGCGUUAUUUUUCUUUCUGGUUAACUUUUCACCCUGGGGUCAUUGUUAGAAAUUUUCUAAGUAGGGGACAAAUGUACACCACCUUAUUGGAAGCAAGAUUGCCAAUUCAUGUUUUGGGGGUAUAUAUUAAAAAAAUAAAAAAUUUCUGUGAUCAAUUUUCUCAAUUCUAGUUAAUGUUUACCUUUGUUUGCCUGUAUGAAUGCCAACUUGAGGCCAGAAUAUUCUAAGUGAUUUACGUUCUGACCAAGGUGCAUGGUCCAACUGAAAACAGAAUCAAAGUGGUCUUUCAUUUUAUUAAAAAAUUUAUAUUACUUUUUUAUUUUUAAAUCCGUGGAACAAGAGACUUGGCUGAGUUGACAGGUAAAGACCAUACAUUCAUAGAAUGCUUUAUUGCACAUUUCAUCCUUUCCUUUUGGUUCUAUUUGCUUGGGAGGAGUCUUUCUCUAACUGCAUUAUUUGGUUAGGCCUGCUCACAUAAACGUAACCACACACUUCUAAUCACCUAAACUGACAGCCCAAUAUAAUUUAGAAACAAUCCCAGUUUAGAUAUUCAAUUAUGCACUUUAAUGGCCUGCAAUAAAUGCAAGUUGUAAAUCUAACUUGAUAUGUUUAGUCGAUGCUAAAGAAAAGUAAUCCUCUUAAGUAACGUCAAACUUACAUUCCCUAUUUAAAUUUUUUUUUUUUUUUUUUUUUGAUUGGAUCGCUUAGGGGAUUAGAAAUGUGUAUUUGUGUGUGAGGCAAAUGUUUUUUUCUUUGAGCAGAUCUAACUACUAAAUGCAUUGCAGUUUUCUAAGAAAAUACUCUAAAUAACCUGCAAUGGUUAUAUUAACUAUAAAGACCUCUAGUUUCAUUUUAAACCAGUUGAUUUUAUUUUAAUUUGCGCAUCCUUUUUCCUUAAACCUCUUACCACGCAUUUACCCAUCUUAUCCCCAGCAAAAUUAUCUGUACCCUGAAAUUCCAUCUUGCAUAUGGUUAUAUAAUAGGGGGUGCGCUGUACUAUCAGCAAGUAAAUGUAGUGUCCCUGUCCCUACCCCACACAUCAUUUAGUAAGCACAGUUUAUUUUCGAGGUUUUGUUUUUUGUUUUUUAAGCAUUGGUUAUCCCAUUCUCUGCAUCCUAGAUUGCCAAAAAUAGGUUUGGCUCAAACUAUCUAAACCCAGCAAGAUUUAUAUAGGUGAAUCCAGGUAUGCAGUCCUAUUCCUGGCACACUAAACUUAAUAGGCACAAGUCUGUGGUAAUCUUGUUCCAGUAGUGUUAAGAUGCAUUAUAAUGUCCCUAAAUAUCUGGCAAACAGGAGGGAUGAUUUGAAAUGCCAGACUUUCUAAUGUAGGAAGAAAGCCCUGCAUGCUUAUCACUGUGAUCUCUUCAGGUGACUAAAUGCCUUACACCUCUUCCUUACUGUAGAUCUCUACCUUUUUUUUUAUUAAAAGCUAUUGGGGAGGAUAACUUGAGAAAGGGCCUUUUGGGAAACAAGUACUUGCUGUCCAUUUUCUUUCAUUCCUAACUGGCUAAUUGCUGGCCAUGUUGGCAGCUUGUCAGUCGUGGAAUGAUUAACAAUAUUAAAUGAGAACUGUCACUUCCCAGGAUUUUAAUAUGAAGUUUACUUUCCCUGUACUAAAGAAAUGUUUGAGGUCAGUAAACAUGCUGGGAUAUUAAAAGUGCAUUUCAAAUUUAAGUAGCCAAACUGGAAGCAUGGAGAAGGUUUCCAGUUUUGCUAUUUUAGCCUUAAAGUUUUAAAUUCACUUUGCAUUUUCACUUGUUUAACUCUGUAAAUGUAGACCUUUUACAGAAAUGUAUUUAACCCUCUGAGAACAGUGGCCCAUUUUACUUCCUCCCAAUCAUAGUUCUAAGCUCUACCCUCUGUACCUUGUAGUCUGAAUUGUAGAAGUGCACUUUCUCCUUCUCCACUCAAUGCUGUGUAUGCACUGGCUCUACUGUACUGAUGUCCGUUGCAAACAUAUUUUAUUCUAAUGUCAAAAGAAAACAGAGGAUCCCAUGAGGGGGAAAGAAAAUAGGUUAUCACAUGCUAUAGGCCAUUUUCCCUUUUUGAUUGGUGUAAUAUCUAGAGAAGUGACAGUUCCCCUUUAAAAUCUGUUGCAAUGUGGUGGUUAGUCAGUGGGCAGUAUCGUCUCAAAUGACCCUUUCUCAAAGUUGAAAUUUGUUUCAGUGGAGGAACAAUUCUGAAUUGGUUGGGGGAAAUGCAAAUCUAGUUACUGUAGCUGCUUGGUGGAAGGAGGAUGGCAUUUGACUCCUGUACUUUACCGCCUCGGUGUUGCCUGUCUGCGCCGGCCAAUGUUGCAAUGUAAGCAAUACUGUUUGAUGCACUGCCACCCUCUAUUGUCUGUCCAGUGUUUAGAAUCUCCAGUGGGGAAGAGGAAAAGAAGCAUGACUGUUAGUACUUCUCAGGACCCAUCUUUCUCAGGAUUAAACCAGGUCUGAAAACUCUCCUAUUCCAAACUCCAUCUUUUUAUCCUUUUUGGUUUCCCUUUUAUUCCCGCUAUUGUUUUAUUCUUAACAUCCCUUCUUCAGUCAGUAUAGGCCUUGCACAAGAACCUCUUAUGUUGGCAUUAUUCAGACAUACUUGGCAAACAUGUAACAUUACAUUUCCUCUAGUUUUUGCUUAUUGACUGUGUAAUGUUUGCAAUGUGUUUUUUUUAUUUUUUUAAAUUUUCUAAAUGUAUACCAUUUUUGAUGCAAAAGCGCAUGCCUCAGGGCGAAGAAAACUAAACUAUUUUAUAUCCAUGCUAGGAUUGUAACAUAGCACAUACAAGAGGUAUGUGCCAGGAGCCCAUGGUUUGAGUAGUCUUUCAUAUUCAGAGAUUGUAUGUUACUCUAUGGACUAUUUGAAAUCAUACAAUCUUUGUUUUUGUUUUAUUGGAAUGUUUAAAGCUGGCAGUCAGCAUGAAAAGCGUAAGACUUCACCUGCAAGAUCUGCUUAUUACACUUCCUGGCUCUCAUACCAAUGAACUGGUAUGUCCGCAUACACUAAUGCCUGACUUGACUGCUGUGUAGUCCUGUGUGUGCUAACAGAAUAGUACACCUCUAGACUGGGAUAGUUUUCCUCUUCUAAUCACUAUUUUGACAAAAUUAAAACACACUUUAAAAAAAGCCAGAACUGUUUCCUAGCAGGAAGAGUUUAUGGUACCUAGAGGUCCAUUUGCACUAAACUGAUUUGCUUUAGCAGCAAAUUUAUAGUAUGUACUCCGUUUUGCCAAUUUACUCUUGAGCCAUUAGCCAGUGGAGUGUUGUAACCAGCUCUCAGUCUGCAGCCACCUAAGGCAAUAUAAUGUAAAUUGUUGGCACAUUUAAUGGUCACCUUGCCACUGUUCCCAAUAGCUUAAACAUAAUUCACAUUGAUGUCUGCUAACUGGAGUGUCCAGGAAUCCUGAUAUGUGAUCCUACUCUAGUCAGGUGUUUUUAUAAAUUAGCAGAUGCACAUCAUGGAAGAGGCUCCUCAUGUUUUAGGAAGUGUCUGUAAGCAAGGCCAAAUUCAUCCAUGGGAAGGCAGCAAGGUGCUUCUGAAGGGUCUGUUUUACAGAUGUGUAAAACCAUAAAAAUUAUAACCAUUCCUAAAGCAACAAAGUGUAUAGUUUUUCUUUUCUCUGUGCAAGAAUACUGUUCAAAAAGACUCCUUGCUCCAUAACUACAGGAAGCUAUGCUUGGAUUUAACUUUGGGUGUCCAUUGCUAUGCAGGUAAUGGUGCGUAGCAAUAUUGCCUUUUUGCAAGAUCUUUAGUUACAUUGAUUUCCUCACACUACUGCCCUUUGUGGGAAUGUUUAAUGGGAUAUGUAAACUCUAAAUAGCUUUUCACUGGGACAUCACUAUAGUCAAAUGUGAUAAAUAUCUUCUGUUUAAGGUGCCAGGUAACUUCAGUUUUCUUUAAAGCAUGAUACACUCAUAAUGUAGCCCAUUUGCACAAUUAACGUCCACUAUAUAACUUCCUCGUGUAGAAGUUUAUGUAAGAGCAGUACAUUUUCUGGGGGGUGGAGCCAGCAUUGAAACUGACAAGACGUACUGUGAGUGAGCUCCAGUUUACAGCUUUCCAAGAGCCUAAUGACAUAUCAGCCACCACGUCUAUUAAAUAUGAUGCCUACUAUCAUGGGAAGGUGUUCUAAGAAGCUGCGAGUUCCCCAUAUAUAGGGGAAUAUCUGGCCUGAGCAGACAUGCCCCUAACUGUGCCAUGGAGGGAUCUUUGCAGGAGCAGCUGUUGAGUGCACCAGACAAUUUCUCCUAAUUGCAUCUAUACCACCCUUCCUUGGCUGAGGAAGACAGAACUCCCUCUUGAGGACAUCAAGGCUCUUGGGGAAUUGUAGAAACUACUAGCGACUGAGAUGGGGAAGGUCUGGAAGGAAGUACACAAACUCUGAGGCAAUGUGACGGCAGUGGAGUACCUUAGUAGUUUCGGUGUGUGGUACAGAUUAAAGCCUUAGCUGGCCUUCAGGGGACUUGUGAGACUAUGCAGGCCAGAAUGGCGGCCUUUUGAAGAUGGCAGUCUCCUCAAACCUAUUAAGAUCCAAGGCGUUCUUGACUCUGUGGCAAAGUUGCCAGCUUAUAGCAACCGUUUAUUCAUGACCGUGCUAUUGAGCAAGUCUACUGCCACUAUUUUGGUUGAUGGGCUCUUUAAAGUCUCCAACAAGGGUUCUUAUGUUCGCCUAGCUGUUCCGCAUGAGGUGGUAAGCCAUAAUGAAAGUUGCUAAAUAUGAACCUGAUAUAAAUUUGAGGGCAAGGUUUUUUUUCCCUCCUCUGGACCUUUUUCGAGCCACCCUGAGAUGGAGGGUCUUUGUCACCGCGCUACUCAGUCAAAGGAAUCUCCUGUCUUUGGGGAUUCCUAGGUCCCUGAUAGCCAUUAUUGGAGUAGGGCUUCUGUCUCUGUACUCAGUUCUGCCAUUUAAGAGUAAAAUCCCUUCUGUUUAUGCAGCCCGCUCCACACCUUCCCUCAAUGUGAUUUACAGUCUGCGUUGUGGUAUGAAGGUUUAAUUUUUAAUCAAAUGUUUACUUUAAAGUUUUGUUUCAGGCUCUGUAAACUGAACUCUAAUCACACACUGCUUCUGCAGGGUCUAGAAUGUUAUUAACCAUGCAAUAGAUACAUGUUUUAUAUUAAACAGAAACAUUAGACAUCAUGCAAAAAAUCUGCAAUUUUUUGGGUGGCUUGAUGCUCAAUCCAAUGUUGAGUGAAGAAAUGGAACAUUCAAAGCGUCAUAACAUCACAGAUAACUGUAGUGAGCAUAGCUCACUACAGUUUAUGCUUAUGAACCUCUGGCUUUCUGGCAUUAAAAGCGGAGACUUUAGAGAAGUCAAACUGUUUAAUCACUAAGUACUUAGAAUUUUUAGUGGGUGCAGGGCAGAGCACAUCUGGCACCAUAGCGAGCUGUAGUGGUUAUGGUGCCUGGCAUGUUUCCUUCACUUACAAAUGUGUGCAUCUUUUUUAUAUUAAAGUAGCUCUUGAAUUGGUAACUGCUAAUUUGAGGCAUUAAAAGCUUUGGGUGUGUUCAGUUUUUGACAUUCUGAUUAAUUUUCCAAAACUUGGCAAUUAAUGAACACUAAUUUUUGCCGGGUGCAACAAUCCUAAAGUAAACUGAAUUGACUUUUGCUUAUUUUGUGUGUGAGUAAUGUGGAUUUUAUGGAAAUUAAUAGGUUAACGUUUAAGAAAUUGUGUAACUGAAAUUUUGGUUCACUUUGGGUAAACUUGUAUUAUAGCUGAGAUUCAUUUUUUUAGAAGAGGCAUUUUGAAAUCUACAUACCUACUGUUGUCAAAUGCGGUUUGUAUUUGUCUAAUCCUUGUUCCUUUCUUCUCAAGUUAUUCCUUAUAGAUUUUGGUUUGGCCAAAAAGUACAGAGACAACAGGACAAGACAACACAUACCUUACAGAGAAGACAAAAAUUUAACUGGGACUGCCCGCUACGCUAGUAUCAAUGCUCACCUAGGAAUUGAACAAAGGUAAAAUGGCAGUUUAACAUUGUGACUAAAUGAGAUAAAACUAUAAGGAUCUGAGUGAACACAAACUGACGUUUACUUGGAGACUUUCUCCAGUUCACCUAUUUUGCCCUUAAAUGUUAAAUUCUUUGUUCCAAAAGUUCUCACUUUAGUGAAUGAUGUUGAUCUCUGAGGAGAUGGGUUGUUUUACAUGAUCCAUUUUGAACUUAAAGGACCACUAUAGUGCCCUGAGGGUGCCCCCACCCUCAGGGUCCCUCUCCCGCCCGGUUCUGGAAGGGAGAAAGGGGUAAAAACUUACCUUUUUCCAGCGCUGGGCGGGGAGCUCUCCUCCUCCGAUCCUCUUCUCCUCCCAUGCGGCUGAAUGCGCACGCGCGGCAAGAGCUGCGCGUGCAUUCAGCCGGUCACAUAGGAAAGCAUUAUCAGUGCUUUCCUAUGGAUGCUUGCGUGCUCUCACUGUGAUUUUCACAGUGGGAAGCACGCAAGCGCCUAGCGGCUGUCAAUGAGACAGCCGCUAGAGGAAUUGGGGGAAGGCUUAACCCAUUCAUAAACAUAGCCGUUUCUCUGAAACUGCUAUGUUUAUAAAAGAAUGGGUUAAGCCUAGCUGGACCUGGCACCCAGACCACUUCAUUAAGCUGAAGUGGUCUGGGUGCCUAGAGUGGUCCUUUAAUAAGAACCUUGGAUCAGUGAUUCUUGAAAUUUCCAUCCUCACUAGCUUGCUAAAAUUGUUUCCCUUUUUAUGGUGUUGGAUCUUUCCCAGAAUAGUAGAAAUAAGAUCUCUCAAUAUAUUUUUCCUAGUAAGGCUUGUUUUCCUGUGGUGUUUAUUUUUCUCGUUAUGAGUCAUGGCACAAUUAAAAAAUGCUCAAAAUAUCAAGUCACCAAGAAUUCUUUUGGUUACGAAGUCACUCAAAUGCAAAUGUUAUAUUAAACUACACUUGGACACUGAAUAAUUUGUGGUGUUUUCCUUGAGUUGUGUCCGCUGUGAGGUUUUACCUUCUACACAAACCACAUUACAAAGAUUGCAGAGUGCUUCUAGAGUAAGUCUGUGAUUGUCCUUUUAAUAGGAAAUCCCCAUUCCUAGACAUUAGUCAUGUCCCGAACGGGAUGUCCCGAACGGUACGCCGCGGAUGGCAAACAUAUGCGCUGUUCGGUCCGCCCCCUAUUCGUCAUCAUUGAGUAAACUUUGACCCUGUACCUCAGUCAGCAGACACAUUCCAGCCAAUCAGCAGCAGACCCUCCCACCUCUUGGACAGCUCACUAAGAAUGCAGCUUCACAAUGAAUGUAAAAUGGAUGCUGUCCAGGAGGUGGGAGGGUCUGCUGCUGAUUGGCUGGAAUGUGUCUGCUGACUGUGAGGUACAUGGUCAAAGUUUACUCAAAGAUGACAUAGGGGGCGGACCGAACAGCGCAUAUGUUCGCCGUUCGGGACAUCACUACUAGACAUACCAUUCCAUGUCCUUGCUUAUUCCUUUCCUAGGAUGCAGUUUAAGUAUACACAAUUGUAAUGGCAUCUGGAUGACUUUGUAUUUUUAUUUUAUUUUUUCUUAGUCGCCGUGAUGAUAUGGAGUCAUUGGGGUAUGUGCUUAUGUACUUCAACAGAACCAGCCUUCCUUGGCAAGGAUUAAAGGUAGGUCAUACCCUCAUACACAAUUUCCUUCCUUCAUUUUGCGUAAAUCUUGGCAUAAAUGCAUUCUAUAGGAUACCUGAACUGAUUCACCCUGCAUCAAAGGGUUCUUUUAAAAACAAGUAGUCACACCAUAGUUUUCUGAAGUCUUGUAUGUUUUCUGGCGUGUUUUUGUGGAGUGUUUACGGUGCUUGACCUUUACUCGUACAGAUAAUCUGAAUACUAAAGUGUUAGGAAUGCAAACCUGUCCUGCGUGUGCAAUAAAAAAAAAAGUAGUUUUCUUCUCCCCAGCUAAGACUACAUUGACUCUGCUUAUCUCUCCACCUUCCACACUGUCAUGGAGGAAGUAUGGCUUAGUCCUCGCUUGGACCAAUCCACCGGCGCGUGCAUGUCCAAGCUUCCCUGUAGGAAAGGAUUAAAUCUAGGCUUUCUUAUGGGGGCUUUUAUGUCGCAUGACAGUUUUACUUGGUUAGUGCCAUUGAAGUGGUUCUAGGGAGAGGUAGCAUUAACCCUGCAAUGUUAAAGGGACACUAUAUAGUCCCUAGAACCACUACCACUUAAUGUCUUGUGUCUAUAGCCUGUCCCUGAUGACUUUUCAGAGAAAAGGCAGUAUUUGCCUCUAGAAGUGUUAUUAGGCACCAGUGUAGUCACUCAGACUGCCACUAAAGGUGCAUCCUAUAGUUAAUGCAGCACUGGCAUUAACACUCUGCAUGGUGACUUAAAAGGACUGGGCCCACUGCAUCCAGUGCACCUAAUACAGAUAAAUUGGCCUUGGUGACUGAAUUAGUCCUUUCAAUGUGUUAGAGAAUUUGUCUUCUGCUUUAUUUUGAGAAAUACAAAUUGAUGUUCUGAAUAGAGAUGUCGCGAACCGUCCACGAACUCCGGUCAGCUGACACGUCCCGGACAAUCUCCAGCAGACCCUCCUACUUCCUGGACAGCAUCCAUGUUUCAACAUGGAUGCUGUCCAGGAAGAGGGAGGGUCUGCUGGAGAUUGGCCGGGACGUGUCAGCUGACCGGAGUUUGCCGCGAACAGACAGCGGCGACCCGUUCGCGAGAAGUUUGCGACAUCUCUAGUUCUGAAUAGUAAACGUUUGUUCGUACAGCCUUGCGGACAUUGGUAAGUUUGUUCGGUAAUGUAAAAGAUUUCCUUAUGUCAGAUCUUUGCAGUUAAGUACGUCAUUGAAUUUGCCUGCUCACUUGUCACCCAUGUGCAUGGGUCUCCUUGGUCUUCUUAAAAUCUGUCUGGCAUGCAGUCUGGGCAGAUACUAAUAUCCACUAAAAACAUUCCUCCUCUUCUGCUUUUUAUCUACCUCACAGUUGCUGCGAUUCACUUUAUACUUCAUGCUCAUAUUAACCUAUGCAGCAUAAUGCUUUGAGUGAGUAUCCAGGUUUGGUCACCAUAUUGGAUUCCUAGGGUUUGUUCUACCUUGGACAGCAAAAGUCCUCCUAGAUUUAGUUGGCAUCCAAACAGAAAAAUUAAGUAUUUGCAAAUAUAAUUUCAGUGUUGGAUUGUAAAAGAUGUUUGUCUAUAUUUUAUUGUAUAGGUGAUAACUCUGGUUAUGCCUUCUAAUGCAGAUACUAUUUAGUAGAUUGUUGCCUAUUAUGGAUUAGUAGGUUUGCUUUAACCACUUAAGGACACAUGACAUGUGACAUGUCAUGAUUCCCUCUUAUUCCAGAAGUUUGGUCCUUAAGGGGUUAAUGGUGCUGCUCAGGCUUUCAUUCAUUUUGAAAAUUCUUCUAGGCUAAUCCGCUUUUGUAACAUUGGAUCAUGCAGGGUGGACAUAAUCUAUACGGUUUCAACUUUUGAACAUUUCCUAACGUGAGUUGUAUGCGAAGACCAUAAUUAAUGGUAAUUUGCAAAGGAAUCCUGGAGCCUGUGGGAAGAAAAUAAGCUUAUCACUCUGUCCUGUUGCCUCUUUCCAACUACUAGCAUCCUUGUGUCUCUCUGGACAUGCUACAAUGCCUUCAUCACUUCUGUGUUCCCACGUGCUUGAAUACAAGAGACUUGGGAACAACCAGUGGUUUCAGCAUCUAGAUUUUAAAGUAAUUGUCUGCAUGUGUACAGUGAUUACAAUUGUAUCUUGUGACAGAGCUCCUGUACAUAUACUGGGUAUCCCCUUCAGGUCAACUUCCUUGCUACUACCACGGGACUCUGGAACACUUCAGACCCAGCCUCCAAAGCUUGACUGGAGUCUCUUAGGAUCUCUUCCACCAGACCAGGCUUCCAUGAUUAUAGUUCAGGAGACCUCUCCUGUAAAGCAGUAACUUUGGCUUUUCCCUCCACGCAUCAGUUUGAAUGCAGGGAUUAGCAUGACCUCUAUUACACAGCUACUUAUACACAUCAAUGUUGACUCCCUGCAUGGGGUCUUCCGUACAAACCUUGCGUACAAUGCUAUUGUUCCUCCCCGGCACCGCUGUCUGGGCACUUAUUUAAAUUAUCCCUAUCUUACACAAUUUGCUUCAUGCUGUGCUCUUAAAGUUUUAGAGGCACAGAACACACUUUGUCUCGACUAGACGCCCACACAAUAUAUCCCUGGUGAGCUAGUCACCCAGCGCCCUGCUUGGGGAAUCAAUGGUCCUUGUUUUAGAGAAGGGGUUUCUGGACCUCUGGAAAAGGGAAUGCUCUUAAAUCUCCAGUAUCCUCCUUGCCUCCCCUCCGUUUGGAGUUUGUGGGGACCAAUACCUUCCUAAAGGUUUACUUGUCCUCUGCACAGUCUCUAUCCGAGGAACAGUUCAAGAUUUGUUUCAGGGUAUCUCCUGGUCAGGCGCUCUGUGUAGAGUCCUCAAGUCUGGCUAGGAAACACAGGCAUCCAGGGUCCUAUCCCAUAGACCCUUUUAGGAGCUCUUGGGACCAACAGUCUGUGGGCAGGCGGCUUGCCUUCAUGCCUCUCCAAAAGUCUGUGUUGCAAACCUCAGCUUAUAACAAUGUGCGUGUUUUUGCGUGCUAAUAUGCCUUUUCUAGUUAUAAGAAUUAAUGUCCCUUUUUUAUCAAGAUUGAUAAUGCAUUGACUUUGAGUUCAGCUUAUUUUUUUUAAAACUCAACAUCAAAGUAGAUUUAAUUUGACUAGUGGCAUUGUCAUUUUGGGAGUUUUCAUGGAGAUAAGCGUUUUAUGAAAACUUGCCAGUGCAAUUCCUAUUUAAUCAGCAGCCAAGACACGAUGCCACAAUAUGUUAGAAAUAUUUAUGCUUCUAUCGCUGCAUCUUGCCGUUUUGGUAGAAAUAGGGUUUUGUUCUGGCAUUGUGCAACAAUGCCUUUCAUAUCUUUUAUCAUGCUAAAGGUUCUCUAGCAGUACAUCACUCAAGAUCAUCAAUGUUUCGUGUGUAGUCAUGUGAUGCAGCUCCUGGCAGUUCGGUCUCAUCCUCUGCAAAUUAUGCUGUAAAGAAUCAAAUCUGGUUUGCCACAGGAUGUUUCUUUGGCUGCUUGAGCUACUUAUGCCAGUAAAAGCCAGACCUACUAUUACUGACACUUUGUCACAUGUAGAAAAGGUUUCCACAAUAUUGUACUUUGGGGAAACUGUAUAAACUUGUUUGAUUUUAUUUACUUUGUCCUCCGGUUUAAUCUGGUAUUGCACAACAUUUUCAUAUUGUGUACCACAUGUUCCGCAGGCAGCAACAAAGAAGCAAAAAUACGAAAAGAUCAGUGAAAAGAAGAUGUCUACUCCUGUUGAGGUGUUGUGUAAGGUAGGUAAAAAUCCACUCUAAUUUAUGGCCGAGAAUCAAGGAGUUUCUUCAAAUGGUACACCUUUAUAUACCCAAACUGGGUAAAGAGUAAGCUUCGUAAUUUUUUGAAAAACACUCAAAUCCCCAACAUUCUUUUGUUUUCUAUGUGUACGUGUAUGCAACUUUUACAUUUAUUUUCUUUAUUUAUAAAGCGACAAAUUCCUUAGUGCUGUACAAUGGGUGGACUAACAGACAUGUAGUUGUAAACAGAUGAGUUGGAUACACAGGAUCAGAGGGAUUGAGGGCCCUGUUCAAUGAGAUUUCAUGCUGGAGGGAGUGGGGUAUAGUGACAUAACAGGUAAGGGUAGAAAAGUAGGUUGCGAGGAUAGUGUUUAUUGAGGGCUUAGUGUUUUAUUUUGAUGACCAUUGCAGGAGAGGAAUCUGGGUGCGGAAAAGGAAAUCUUUUCAGUUUAAUUGAUAUGCUUUCCUGAAGUAAGUUUUCAAAGGUUUUUUUUUUUUUUUUUUUUUGGAGGGGAGAUUGGGUGAAAAAGCUCAACAGUGGAAGGGUGGAAGAGUGUAGGGACUUAGAUAGGACAUAUUUGUGUAUUAAUGUGGAUAAGUAGAUUGGAGCAGCAUUGUGUAGAGACUUGUAAGCAAGUAUCAGGAUCUUAAAUUGAGUCCUAUAUCUUAUGGGAAGCAAAUGUAGGGACUGACAAAAGGGGACAGGUGUGGGCGGAGAGGAAGUUGAGCCUUUCCGCCGCUUUUAUUAGAUUGUAACGGGGCAAGUUGGGAACGCAUAAGACCACUGAAAAGCGGAUUACAGUAGUCAAGGCGAGAGGACCGCGGCAUGGACAAGCACCUUUGCCAUAUCAGUCGUUGACUAGGGUCGGAUGCAUACAAUAUUUUUGAGAUGGAAGAGGCAGGAUUUGGUGAUUGAUUGGACAUGAGGGGUGAAGGAUUUAUUUUUUGUUUUUUGCCUUACUGCUGAGUAUAUUGUCUGUGGGAGUUUCUUGUUUGUGUUUUUUUUUUUCCCCACUCACUAACUCUGACGAUUUACAGCACCGUAGCUGUGGUCUAAUAGUCUACAAAUACAUAUCCUGACCCAGUUAAAGGAAGACGGGUUGACAUAACUCUUCAUCUCUGUAAUGUUCCAUUCUAAUAUCAAUAGCCAUUAUCUUGUACAAUAAGUUCAGUAUAGUGCAGAAUCCACAUAGCUUUGUAUAACAUGAAGAGCUGCCUUAAUGAUAUUGAUACUUAAAAAUUACUUGCCUUGUCACACUUUUUUAUUUUCUUUUAUAGGGGUUUCCUGCAGAAUUUGCAAUGUAUCUAAAUUACUGCCGUGGUUUACGCUUCGAAGAGGCGCCAGACUACAUGUAUCUGCGACAACUCUUUCGAAUUCUCUUCAGGUUGGUAUACACCUAAUAAUGGGGUUAUUUGUAUUGUAUCACUUUGAGACUUAAUCAUUAAAUGCCUCCUUAGAAGAGGUGACGCUUUGACGGCCUGUGCUACAUGUAAUCUCCCUAAGCUAUAUACGGUAAACAUUCAUGUAAUGUUAACAAAAAGCUUUACAUCUACCAUAUUACAGCUUCUUCUAAUCAUAUGGUGUGGUUAAGAUGCAUGAUUAAGCUAUGUGGAAAACUGAUUAAUGGUUAAGCACUAAUGAAGUUUGUUGGAAAGGAUGCAUGAGUAGCAAAAUAACCAAGCAAAGUCUCUCUUCUCGGCUAUGUUAAAAUUAAUGAUGUCAAGAAAGGGAGUUUUGUCUCAACAGUGUGGGGAGAUAUGGAAAAUGCAAAGCAGAUAGUGAUCCAGUAGUGCAGUAUGUUCUGGUAAAUGGAUUAGCAAAAAUGAGAGCUAAUGCACUUGCAUUCUCUGUAGCUAAAAUUCUCAGUAGCUCUCGUUAAUUUGCUUCAGCUGUACAAUCCCAGUUUGUGGAUGUAAUUUUUAUGGCAUAAAUCCUCAACCAGGUAUGGAAUGAGAACACAAACCGAGAAAUAGAUGUUCUGUGGUGUAGGUGUCCAUAAAUGACUGAUAUAAUCAUUGAUAUAAGCCUUUUCUGGUUCUGCUGUAAAGGCAUGAUGUGACAAGCCCCAUUCUAGGAUGUAGUUCUUACAGAUGUAUAUGUAACAAAAGCAUACAUACACAUAUAAUGCACCCGUUAAAAUAAAAUUCUCCCUUUAAGUGUUUUUGUAUAUUUGAAAUGUUGAGAUCACUAGAUAGUUUUGGGGGUUUUUUUCCUUUUUUUUUUUUUUUUAUUCUAUAUAUUUGCAAUAGUCGAGUCCUUCUUGCAUAUUUUUAGAACAAUGAGGUAGUUUAGGCUUAGCUUCUAUCUCAAAGUUUGAUUCCAGUAGGAAGUGACAAAAUACAAUUGAGAGCCCAGAUAAGGCUAAAAAACAUUUUAUGAACGGAUUAAAACAAAGUACACUAGCACAUUUCACCUCUGGGUCAGGCAUUUUUUGGAGAUGUGUUUAAGGUUUUCAGGUUGUGGCUUGUUUUUUGUUCUGUUGUGACUAGCUUAUUUUGAAAUGACCAAUUUUUUUUUAUAUACAAAUUGCACUUCUCUUCUAGAACCUUGAACCACCAGUAUGACUACACAUUUGACUGGACGAUGUUAAAGCAGAAGGCAGCCCAGCAAGCGGCCUCCUCCAGUGGGCAGGGCCAGCAAGCCCAAACCCCCACAGGCAAGCAAACUGACAAAUCCAAGAGUAACAUGAAAGGUUAGUAGCCAACAACCAAGUGACGUUGCAGUAAAGACUUUUAGGGGGCAAAAAGCUUAACCAAUUUGGAUAUUAAUUAAGAGUGUUAGAUCAAGGAGGUGGCUAGAAAUAAUUGGCAUAAAAAAAGUUUAAAAAAAAAAUAAAAUAAAAAUUGGUAUACAAAGACGUCCUUGGAAAAUUUGACUACUAACUUUAAAUUCAAAAUUCCUUACAUGUAUAUUUACAAUACAUCUUUUGGGAUAUUGGGUCAUCUUAACUGCAUCUUUCUCAUGCAUUAACUCCCUCUUUCAAAUCCGGGAUACCAGUUUCGGUGGUGUGAAUGUGGAAUCUUUUCUCAGUUCCCAUUCCUGGACCUAACACUUGAAGGUUUAUUUGGGACUCGGCCUUCCUCUCUUAACUAAGCUCUUACUGUUUCUGUUUGCUGUGUGAUCUGCAACUUAUUGCAGGUCAUUUUAGCAUCAGAAUGCUAUGGUUGUGGUGGUGUGGCAUUGAUUUUCUUUCUACUCUGCAAUAUCUGGAAAAUUGUGACUAUUGUAACAGUCCACCUAUAGAAUACAUUUUUAAAAGACAAAUAUGGUACCUGUGAGUGUAAAUUGAAGAGCUCAUUGUAAUGGCUUUUUGUUCGUUCAGCCAUCUAUGAAUUGAUGACAUGGUAUAAAAUUUUUAGCAACUUAAUAGUCACAAUUUCCCAUUUUAAAUCUUUUUGAUAACUUUUUUCUGAUCAGUAAUGAGUUUUUCAUUUUACUGAAUAUGAGCUUUCUAGACUUUACAACUGUUUUGUUGUGUGUACAUUGUGUGCCUCUUUUCCUCCCCUCCCCCUUUUCAUUUUUUCAUUUUUUUUUGUCUCCUGUGUUUUUAAACUCCCAAUGGAAGACAGUUAUCCACUCCCAUUCUCAAAACGCCUUUCAGUAUUGUCUUCUGUUCAUUUUUGUAGCAAGUUGAGGAUCCUAGCUAGCCUGGAACACCUUGUUAAACAUGUCGCUGUCCACAGGUCUGCCACUCUCCAGAUGAACCUCAGUGGAUGUAUCUUCGCAAUGGGAGGAUGUGGAAAUCUGACCAGGGCUGGGGAUAAUGCAAACUGUGGUCAGCAGGUGAAGGGGCAAAUGCCAAUCACCAAGGAUUCAGAGGGGGCAUUAGUCUAAAAUUCAACACUUUCAUUAAUUGCCAUCCUUAAAAGCAGAAUAUAUGGGACUCUCUAAACUGCUGGCCUUAUAAAUAAUCCACUUAACAUACAAUGUACAUAACUGUGAGACAAGACUGCUCUAGUUUACAAAUAUAUAGAGCACUUUUUUUGCACAAUCUGUCAAUUAGUAAGUGUUGGAGAUCUAUGAAUGCAAGUUUUAUUGGCAUGCUUGUCACUUUGUAGUUCUUCACUUUAGAAUAGCUGUCCAACUAGCCAAUUGUGACCGUACUGUUCAUAGAUAUUGGUCUCAAAUCAUGUAAUUUAUUGCCAAGGAAAUUUCCGUGAACAGGUCUACAAUGACAGGUGUUUAAUGCCUAUUAUCUGAAGCCAGGCUCUGAAGGAACACUCUGCAUCAACCUGUCUCAACAAAAAGCCUAGUUUUGGCAGGGUCUAUUCCUUGAUCUUUUGCCUGAAAAAAAUAGUGAUGAUAGGACUCCUGAAUAGGGUAUAGUUUUCUGGUACUUGUUAAAGUGGCUCUGUCACCUAAAAUGUACCAUUCUCAUAUUGUUUGGUAUUCUUUCAGUAGCUGUUCUAUUCUUUUUCUGAUCUAUUUCUCUUUAAAAAUAUAAAACAAAAGGUAGACUUUACUUUUCGCUUUUGUUUUAAUUUCCUACAAGUUACAAUCCUGACAACGGGUGGAGCUUGCCUUGUCUCUUGAUCCACCCGUUGUCAAGAUUGUCAUUGUAAGAAAAAUGCAUAUAAGACCAAAGUAAGGGCAACUUUGUCUUGUUUAAAAGAGAAAUAGACCAGAAAUUUAAACAGAUUCUAAAAGCAGAAGAAGAAACAAGUUUGUUUUUACUUAGAGCCGUUUUAAAAGUGGCUCUGUCAACUCAAAUGCUUGCCUUGACUGCAUUGGCUUUUAACUAAAAUUCCUACACUCCAGAUUUUGUAAGACAAACUAGGAACGACUUUUUUUGUUCAUAUUUUUUUUUUCUUUUUUCUACACUUGACAAAGAGGCGAAGCUACCUCUCAUGCUUUGUCAAGCACUCUGUCAUAAUGACAACUGUGAUAGAAAUAAAGCAUUGACUAAUGCUUCCCGAUGGAAGCUCUGUACUUCUGCUUGAACAGUCAUUCAGUCAGCAUGAACCAGGAAGAUCACCUUGCCUGCCAAGUAGUGUUCCCAAAUUGGUCCAAGUCAGUGUGUAAGUGCCAAGUUGAGUUCCUCUUGAAAUCGUCAAAUUUGUGAGUUGGACAUGGGAGACAUGUUAACCACCUAAAGAACUUCCGUAAACUGACAUGCUUUAGAGUUUUGGAGUGUCUCUAUAAAGCAAGUUGAAGCACUCUAGGAGGCAUUGUUCUGGUUUUCUCUUCUUGACUGACCAUAUGGAAUGUGUAUUGCUGUAACUUGGCUACCAUGUUGGCACUUGCGUGCAGAAGCUUAGCGAUUGCAUUCCUUGCAUUGAUACAAUGCUAAUGAAUAUAGUUUUCCUCACAUUUGAUUGCUUCCAUGCAAUUGGUUACUACUGACUCCACUUCCUUUAUUUCUUCUGUACACCAUGUAUCUAUGCUUUAUUUAAAAAAAAUAAAAAAAAAAUUCCAAAUGACAAUGUAAAGCAGUGGCAGUGUUUGGGAUAGGGAAUGAUUAUCUUCCACCCCUAUACAUUUGUUUUGCUAAACUUGGUGUUUACCUUUAAAGCUCAAAUGACCCACCAUGGCUUUUGAAGUUUGGUAAAUGGACAUGGAGAUCCCUGCCAUAAAUUGAGGCCCCUUUCCAUGUGGUAUUCUGCUGAACCAACAUUGCUGCUGUUCCAGAUUUGUGCCCAUACACACAAAUGUACUUCCAUUCAUACCUGGACACACGGUACACUGUUUUCCUUUUAUAAAAUGGGUGACCAGAUCCAAUUCAUGUAUUCUAAAGAUGCAUUAAUCACACGCUUUUUAGAUCCCUGUCUAGUGAGAUGUACAUGGUUUUUGUGCUCUGAUAAUCCCAAUUGACUAUCCAUAUACAUUGGAGAUAUUAAACUAGUAUGUUGCACUGCUAUACAUGGCAUUGAAUUUAGUUUUAAAUAUACAUGUGGAGGAAAAGUAAAAAUUAGCAGUUUGACUACAAUUUGUAGAUUGACACCAGUUCAGAUUGUGUUCAAAUCCAUAAGUGGAGUUUACCAAACUUCAUUUUUUUUUUAAUUUUAUUUUUUUAUUUGCAUUGGCAUUCUUAACCAAACAGUCACAAAUCAACCCUUUUUUUUUUUUUGCUUAAUCAGUCUUUCUAUUUUUGAAAAACCAUGGUUUAGAUUCUUUUACUGAAUAGUUUGUUUUGAUGUUUGACUGUCUAUUUUGUCUUGGAUCUGCAUGCUUUUGGAAUGCCAAUUUGAAAGCUCGAGUCCGUGGCACAUGCUCAGUUUAUCAUUCCGUUCUUAUAGUGUGGUUUCUCGUUUUGGAAAAUCUUGUAUCUGCCUUUUUUAUGGCUGUGAGCGUGCGAUUUGUUACUAGACCAUAGUAAAAUGUAAGAUAGGCAGUGUGCUGUAUAGUUAAACUACAUGCUUGGUAAGCAUUGUAUGUAAACUCCCUGCACACACAAAUUGUGAAUGUUUGGUUUUUAUUAGAAAAACAGGGAAUCGUGUUUAGUUAUUUUCCUAGUGCUAAAGGCCCUUUGUACUUGUCAAAAUUUUGUUUUGUUUUUUUGUUUAUCAAUAGAAUAGCUAUGAUUCUCAUGUUACUUUCCAAAGACGAGUAAGGCAAGUAGCAGGAAGUAAUAUCCAUUCAGUAACUUCCUAUCUGUCAAGAUUAAUAAGGAAGAUUGGUUCUGGAUGUCUUUUUGUUCAUUGGUGUACUUUUUCAACAGUCCAGUAACUUUGAGAAAAGAUUUCGCAUUAACUUGGGAGGACAUAUUUUGUAAGGUAUCACCUCAUCAAUUCCAUGUUACUACCCCCUUCCUUUAACACCAUUUUGUUUUUUUUCUCUUUCUUUUUCAUGUCAACAUGUCACUCUCAAUUCUGAAACAUGCCUCCUUUAUCUUUAUUUUUUCAACAGGAUUUUGAAAACUCGAGGAGCAGACAUUGAACAUUCUGGCACAUGCUGGACCAGCCACUCCCCUAAAACAUAGAUUGUUAGUUCAUAUGUCCACUUGCCAGUUGUCGUGGGAGACAAUUUACAACGGAACUUAAUUUCAGUCUAAACUGGCUACCGGUGGCGUCCACCAUGCUGACUUGUAGCCGCUGUUAAUAAUUGUGAAUAUCACGAAGAUUAGUGAAACAUGGUGUCCAGUUUUCUAUUGCAUUUUUUUCUUCUCUCCCUCCCCCAAAGGAGGGACUGCUGGUUAUGGUUUAUUUGACAGAGUGGUGGAAGAAAUUGUGCGUAUGCCAAUUUUUUUAUUUUUUAUUCCCCCCAUCCUAUGGUUAACCUCUUGAACCUUUCACUGCUUAAAACCUCUCCUACUUCAGAAGAAAAGGCAUGAACUGGUUUCCUACAGACUGUUGUGAUGACCCUUGUAUAAAAGAUACUACUCCAUGUUUCAUUUUUUUUUUUCUUAUCACUCUUUUUAUUGUACACUUAAAACAUUCUUAACCUUUUCAUUGUAGGAGUCAUCUAGAGUAUGUGCUGCAGUCACUCCUUCAAUGAAUGAGUUAAUAGAUAUUAAUGUCAUACUUUUUUCUUUUUUUUUUUGCCACCUUUUAUGGUUAUUAUGGUGACCACAUGGUUCCAGAUUAUUAGGACUCCUGGCAUUGCAGCUCAUGUUUUCUGUGUAGACUUGUUUCUGAUGUUUUGUGUAAUAUAUCCAUAAUAGUCUAUGCCUAAUCUUUAUAAUCUGGAAACCAUUCAACCCCCUUAUAUAACCAAAGAUUGCAGUUUUAGGUGAACCAUAAAACUGAUUCCUAUGUUUUUAAAAAAGAGACCACCUCAACAGUGCAAACAUAAGACACAAUUUAGCAGAUGCUAGUCUCUAGUAAACUGAACUUUUUUUUUUGUUGUAAAAAAAAAAACUGCAGCAUAAUUAUCACAAAUCUAGUUAACAUCUAUCAAAUAAAGCUUGUCUAAAUGGCUUAGGAUAUGUAAUCACUGUAAACAUGAUCUGGGAUAUCUUUUUGUUUUUAUUUUGAACAAUUUUUGUUUGUUUACAAGUUCAUUAAAAAUCUAAAACUGAUUCACAUUUGUAAAUUUCAAUUUUUCUUAGCCCUCA